GAAGAGACCAGGGUGAGCGGUCACUGUCGGCUCUGGAUAAACAUAACUCCGAAUAAGAAGAAUGAAAGGUAGAAAGAAGAAGAACAUACUUUCAAACUUGCCAACUUUAAGUGAUCCUUCAGGAUUCACAACCUUGUAUCACCACCCGACACUUCCUUCACCAAAGUCCUCGUCGCUUCUUCAAGAAUCUGGUGAGAGAAUGGCAAAAGAACAAGAAUUGCCGUACAUUGAAUUUUUAGAUUCGGAAUUCGCCUCUCUUCGGGCUGGUCAAACAGGAUGUCCAUUCAAGAUCCACCGAAAACUGCUCAGCUCGAAGUCCAAACCAUUGAGCGCGGCCUUGGAUAGUGAACUCAAAGAAGGCCAGAAUGGUGUCUAUGCGUUUGAGGAGGUAACGGAAGAAACACUUGCUCGGUUUGUUAAAUGGGCAUACCGAGGCGAUUAUCCAACUCCGAUCGGCAAAAUCCAGACUGUGCAAGCUCAACAUUUCCCGGAUGCUGUCGAAGCGAGCAUUAACGGGAAGUCGACAGUCACAACUCCAGAGACAGACUUCACAUCAGAGAAUCACCCCCUUCUCGUCCACAUCCGUCUAUACAUUUUCUCUCACACUUACCUUAUCAAUGAACUUCAACAGUUAUCUUAUAAAAAGGUGACCACAUGUCUUACAGACCUAGACAAGCCAGAUGGCCUGGAUAUACAGCUUGCAGUAGUUGAUGCGUUAAGGCUUGCAUUUUACAGGCUCCCCCAGCAUGACUGUUUAUUGGACUGGCUGGCUCAAUACUCUGCAUAUUGCAUUAACAAACUUCGGGUACAAGGUUCCUUUCAUGAUCUUCUCAAGGAUUUUCCAACAUUGAGCUCCCGUAUGAUACUUUCUUUGAGCCCGGCUUCGUCUCCACCAUGGCGGACUACACGGCCAAAGUAUAAUUUUACCCAAUACUCUGCUAAAUGGUCGGGUGAAUACAAGUACAACUUCUGACACGCUAAGCUGACGGAAGUGAUAAACUGUGCUCUGAUUUUGAUACUGUGGCGAGGCAUG